AUGGCAGGUUUCAAGAGAGGGUAUGACGGGAAAAUUGCUGGUUUAUAUGACCUGGAUAAAACCUUGGGCAGGGGUCACUUUGCUGUGGUCAAACUUGCCAGGCACGUUUUCACGGGCGAAAAAGUGGCUGUGAAAGUCAUCGACAAGACCAAGCUGGACACUCUGGCCACUGGCCACCUCUUCCAAGAAGUCCGCUGCAUGAAGCUCGUGCAGCAUCCAAACAUCGUGCGUCUUUACGAAGUCAUCGACACUCAGACCAAGCUCUAUCUCAUCCUCGAGCUCGGAGAUGGAGGAGACAUGUUUGACUACAUAAUGAAACACGAGGAGGGUCUUAAUGAAGACCUGGCCAAGAAGUACUUCGCUCAAAUAGUUCAUGCUAUUUCUUACUGCCAUAAACUCCAUGUCGUCCACAGAGACUUAAAACCCGAGAAUGUGGUCUUUUUUGAAAAACAAGGACUCGUGAAGUUGACAGACUUUGGUUUUAGCAACAAAUUUCAACCUGGAAAGAAGCUCACCACAAGCUGCGGGUCUCUCGCGUAUUCGGCUCCUGAAAUCCUGCUUGGGGACGAGUAUGACGCUCCCGCUGUAGAUAUAUGGAGUUUGGGAGUCAUUCUUUUCAUGCUGGUGUGCGGGCAGCCCCCCUUCCAAGAAGCAAAUGACAGUGAAACCUUGACGAUGAUCAUGGACUGCAAGUACACAGUCCCCUCACACGUCUCCAAAGAAUGUAAAGACCUGAUCACACGCAUGCUGCAGAGGGACCCCAAGCGAAGAGCCUCCUUGGAGGAGAUUGAGACGCACCCCUGGCUUCAAGGGGUCGACCCGUCCCCCGCCACCAAGUACAACAUCCCCCUGGUUUCGUACAAGAACCUCUCCGAGGAGGAACACAACAGCAUCAUUCAGCGCAUGGUUCUGGGGGACAUCGCCGACCGCGAGAGCAUCGUUGAGGCCCUGGAGACCAACAAGUACAACCACAUCACGGCCACUUACUUCCUGCUCGCUGAGAGGAUCCUCCGAGAAAAGCAGGAGAAGGAGAUCCAGACGCGCUCGGCGAGCCCGAGCAACAUCAAGGCCCAGUUCAGGCAGUCGUGGCCCACGAAAAUCGACGUCCCCCAAGACCUGGAAGAUGACCUCACGGCGUCUCCCCUGUCCCACGCCCCCGUCCCGCAGUCCCCCGCACGCACGGCCGAGAACGUCCUCAACGGGCACCGCAACAAGGCCCUCGGGGACGGCGCGGCCAAGAAGGACGAGCUGCCCGAGCUGGCGGGGCCGCCGCUUUCCGUGGUCCCGUCCGUGAGCCUCAAGCCCACCACGAGCGGCCGCAAGUGCCUGUUCCGGGUGGAGGAGGACGAGGAGGAGGAUGAGGAGGACAAGAAGCCGGUGGCGCUGUCCGCGCAGGUGGUGCUGCGGCGCAAACCCUCCGUCACCAACCGGCUGACGUCGCGCAAGAGCGCCCCCGUGCUCAACCAGAUCUUCGAGGAGGGCGAGUCGGACGACGAGUUCGACAUGGACGAGAACCUGCCGCCCAAGCUGAGCCGCCUCAAGAUGAACAUCGCGUCGCCGGGCACCGUGCACAAGCGCUACCACCGCCGCAAGAGCCAGGGCCGCGGCUCCAGCUGCAGCAGCUCCGAGACCAGCGACGACGACUCCGAGAGCCGCCGGCGCCUGGACAAGGACAGCGGCUUCACCUACUCGUGGCACCGGCGGGACAGCAGCGAAGGGCCGCCCGGCAACCAGGGCGACGGCAGCGGCCAGAGCAGGCCGGCCAACGGCAGCCGCGGCCUGGACAAGGCCAGCCCCAAUGGGGGCGGCCAGGGAGGCGGCAGCCCCUCGGGGGGUGCGGGGGGAGGCGGCACUGGCCCCUCGGGCACCACGCGCAGGUGCGCAGGCCCUGGAGAGCUCGUGGAGAGCCUCAAGCUCAUGAGCCUGUGCCUGGGCGCCCAGAUCCGGGGUGGCCCAGGCUGCAUUCUGGAUCCCCAUAGCGCCUGGGCCUUUUCCAGCGUCCGGGUCCAGGAGAAAUCUGCCUGGAGGAUGUGCGUUGGCUCUGCCGGGCAGGCCCCCACCGGCACCCACGUCAAGUUAUUCUCGGAGCGCAUGGUAGGCCCAGCCGAGGGGCUGGACCGAGUGAAGACCAAGAACUUAAAAAACAGCGUAUUACAACUACCUCUGUGCGAAAAGACCAUCUCGGUGAACAUCCAGAGGGGCCCCAAGGAGGGCCUCCUGUGCGCCUCCAGCCCCGCCAGCUGCUGCCACGUCAUCUGAAGGGACUCCUUCCACUCAGGCUGGCUCCACAACCACUCCCUCCAUCCCUUCUCCUUUUCUUCCUCCCUUCCCUCCCGUCUUCUCUCCUUUCCUCCUUCCUUUCC